UCCAUCCUCCCUGACACUUGUUGCUGCUGUCUGCACACCACAGGGAGAGGACACCUGAAUCGCUUCAGCAUUUCUUUUAGGAUUUCCCGCGGGGAGUGAUGAACUCCAUCGACCCUCAGUCCCAUCACCAGCACCACCACACCUCCCCUACCGUCGGUUCUCUCCCAUCCAAAGGCACCCAGGAGGCCCCCGAUAUGGCCGCUGCUGUUUACUGCGACAACUUCAGCAGCAUGUACCACCAGCCGAGCCUCCAAGGUGCGCAAAGGCCCGCCAGCUACGGCCUCGGGGACUACGCAUCGUCUCCAAAUCCCUACCUGUGGCUCAACGGGCCGAGCGUCAACUCCUCCGCUUCAUAUCUACACGGCAACAACCCGUCGUUUAUCCCGCCCUCCUACGGCUCGCAGCGGCAGUUCAUAACCAACUCACCUGGAUUCGGCGGGCCCGACCUGGGCUGGUUGUCCAUCGCCAGCCAGGAAGAGCUGCUGAAGCUGGUCCGUCCGCCUUACUCCUACUCGGCGCUCAUCGCCAUGGCCAUCCAGAACGCGCACGAGAAGAAGCUGACCUUGAGUCAGAUUUACCAGUACGUGGCUGACAAUUUCCCCUUCUAUAAGAAGAGCAAAGCGGGCUGGCAGAACUCUAUCCGGCACAACCUGUCUCUCAACGACUGUUUCAAAAAAGUGCCGAGGGACGAGGACGACCCAGGAAAAGGAAACUACUGGACGUUGGAUCCAAACUGCGAGAAGAUGUUUGACAACGGAAAUUUCCGCAGGAAAAGGAAAAGACGGUCGGAUCAAAGCAGCGCAGGAGGAGCGGCAGCGGGCGCCACAAAGGUUGAGGAUGGUAGGCCGGCAGCGGCUGCCUCUCUGAAGCCCUCAGACAGUCCUCAGCUCCUGGGGCCUUCCUCCCCAGAGAUGGAAGUGAUGAACGAGAACCACAAAAGUUCCUCAUCUGCAUCACCACCUGGACUGGCCUCCUCUGCUCCUUGUUUUAAUAAUUUUUACAGCAACAUGUCCACUCUCAGCUCAGGGGCCCCCAGCCGACAGGGGUCCCUUGGACUGGUGAACGAGCUCUCAAACAGGAACAUAACUGCCCUGAGCCCAUACCACCCAAACCACAGCGGGCAGGACGCGGGGUCAUCAGAGCACAGCGAGAGCUUGCAUUUCAACCGUGGAGUGUACUACAACACGUUUGGCAGUGGGCAGAGCGGACAGUUUAACAGUCACUUCUAUAACAGCUUCAGUGUCAACAGCUUGAUAUAUCCCAGGGAAGGGACUGAGCUAUAGGAACUGCUUAACCACAACAUCACACUGUUGUAGGGACUUAUUUUUGCUCUAUGACUCGAACGCAUGCUUACAUUUCUGCAGUGAGAUCUAAGCACAGGCUGGGUUGCAGCAUCACUCGGUCCAACACAUCAGAAGCAGAGCAUUUCCUUCACUGAUCAGCAUACCAGAGAGAUUGAAGAAGAUAAAAAAAAAAAAAAAUUGGGUUCAUUUAACUUAAUUCAAACUGUGGAGACUAUCAGCCAGAAAGUGUAACAAAAAUUAAGUACUUAUCUUUUUUUUCUCUAUUACUAUAUGAAAGCUCGUCUUUGCUGUCAGUGGUAAAAGAAAGGCCACCACUGAAAACCGCUUUUUUAUUUUUCUAAUAAUUUGAAUACGCUGCUUUUGCUUUUAUAUGAAACCACUCUGUCAUGUCCAAAAUGUAAAUGUGCAUUUGCCAAACGUGGCUCCAUUUUUUCUGUGGCGCAACCAAAUUCAUACAGCAGAUCGCAUAAUGUUGAAAUAGUUGAUUUGCAAUCAACACAAAUCUGCCAAAGCUGCCUUUGUGAGACCGCCAUUACCUCAGAACAACAAUCAUAUGGCAUGAACGUGCCCGACACUAUCAAUACUAUGACACACAAUAACUGAUUAAACAGAUAGUUAAACUUAAACAGGGCUCUUCUUGUUUUUCGCAUCUCCGUAUUGACUAAAACCACAGCACUAAGGCUCAUUUAAAUACACAUGUACUUUAUAAAUAUGUAUUUUUGUAAAUUAUGAAAGUAGUUGGUAAUUAUUUAUGCUAUUUAUGCAAAUAGGCAUUUUUUUCUUUUUUUUUUACUGUUGUCUGAACAUAGUUUGGUUAAAGCAGACUAUUAGCUUACGAAACCCAGAUGUGCCCAUUAAAAGAUAUAUCCUACAUCACGGUUUCACUCAGGAGUCAAUGUGACAAUCAUUGAACGGCUUUUGUAUCUCCUGCUGUCUUUUUUCUUUAUACAUUAUUUACAGCAUGUAGGCAGUUUCAUCUGCUAUCACAAAAAAAUGUUAUGUGCUCUCUACUGUAUUGUCAUGCAUCCUUUUAAAAUGGGGCAUGAGGUACAUUCAGGUCUUCAUUGUAUUUAAAUGUGUUCCCCAUGAAUUUACUUUGACUUCAUAAUCAGUUGUAAAGUCAAACAAUUUGCUUAAAAAAUACUGUGAACAUUUUUUUAGUUUGUCAUGUUCACCUAUUAUUUACAUAUUAUUUUUAUUGUGUGGGUCUUUUUUUCCAGCUUUUAUAAAUAUUCUGCACAUACUCAGACUUUAUAGUUCCUCAUUUUAUUCUCCCUAUAACGAGAAUCGGCACUGCUGGCUGCUUAAAAGCAAUUUUACUGGGGUGCGGUGAUUUAAAAUCAAAGUUCACAUCUCACAUCUUUUAUUCUGUUUAGUCGACUUUUCUUACUGUCGGAUCAGAGAUCAGUGUUUGUGGGAUGGUUUUAUUCUCAGAAGACAAUUUUAGUACCACAUACUUUGUUCUGUGGAACAAAUAGAAAGUAGAAAAACGCCUGUUUAUAGUGGUCCACCUUCAAACUGCCUCCUCUGGCACCACUAAUGUCCUCUUAUCGAGGCAGGUUAAAAUGGUGCUCAGCAACAUAAAAAAAAGAUGAAAAAUGGCACCAAACAAAAAUAAUUUAUAAGAAUAAGGAAAAGUCACAAGAAUGCUCAGAGAUUCCUUAGAAUUGAGGAAUUUUCCCAGAAAGAGCUAUGCAGUUUUGUACUGAUUAUAAGGAAAACUGAGCCAGCUUCCAAUAACAGAUGUCCAGUGAAUCGCUGACAAGGCUAACGUGUCAGCUGAGAUUCAUCGAAGCAAAAAAUCAUAAUACAUGUGGAGAGUUAAGUUUCCAGUAAGAAGUUAGGCGAAACAUUUCUCUGAAGAAAACUUUUCCCAUAAUUCUUCCAAUAUAUGUUUCUGACGUGUGUUUUUUUUUUUUUUAAUUAAUGUUCUGUCGAUAUUUCU